UCCUGCAUCUACAGCUCAGUCUCUAAGAGAGAAGAAUCAGUGACCAGGGCUGAGCUGAAGAACACAGUGGAGACCUGUCAUCAGGAGGAUCGGGGGAGCAUUUUGCACUGAUGUUGCACUUGUAAAGCUACUGCCACUGAUGUGAGGGAUUAAUUAGUGGGAAAGCAGAACUUUGCUCUCAGGAAACAUGGAUAUUAUAUAAUCUAAGUGUGUGACUAUAGGCAAGGCUGCAAUAUGAAGCAAAAAGACACUGCUGCCAUUUCAGCACUGGAGAGUGAACAGUCAGUGGUUGGACAAUGAGGAUAAUGGAUUGAACUCCAGUGGAUGUUCUGUAUGUAUUAGCAGCAGAUGUGGAUUGCUUUUCUGCCAGGAUAAUUCUAGACAUAUUGCUGCACGUCUAGAAUACACCAUGUCUAAUUCGGACUCUGAAGACGCCGGCUCUCCUAGGCAUAGGUUCUCCUUAGAGGCUCAUGACAAGGACUCACUUGCUGCCUUUGAGAAAGGAGAAAAAGAUGGAAAGAGAGAAGCAAAACCUCCAAUGGAUUCAGCACUGCAGAAAGAAAAUGACAAUAUUCCUCCAAAUAUUGGCUUUAACCUUGAUUUUUUGGGGACAUUACAAGGAAAUGGUGGCAAAGCCCCCGACAUUGAUCCUAAAGAUGUCUACACAAGAGACAGGAUCUUUGCUGCGGUGACAAAUGAAGAUACUGAAGACCUAGCUGGACUAAAAAGCUAUCUGCAGAAAACCAUGAAGAAACUAACGAAUGCUGAAUUUACAGAUCCUGACACUGGAAAGACAUGUUUAUUAAAGGCUAUGUGGAAUUUAAGAAAUCGAAGAAAUGACACCAUCCCAAUUUUGCUGGAUGCUGCAAAGAACACGGGUCAUUUGGAAGAACUGGUUAAUGCACCAUAUACUAAUGACUAUUAUCAUGGACAGACAGCACUUCACAUUGCAAUAGAAAGAAGAAAUUUCCAUUUAGUGAAGCUUUUAAUGGAAAACAAGGCUGAUGUGCACGCAACGGCAGAUGGGCUGUUUUUCCAGCAGAAAAAGAAAGGCGUCAGUUUCUACUUUGGAGAACUCCCUCUCUCACUUGCUGCCUGCACUAAUCAGCCCAAUAUUGUGAACUAUCUCCUAAAUAAUCCACAUCGGAGAGCUGACUUGGCUGCCAAGGAUAGUCAUGGAAAUACAGUCCUGCAUGCUCUGGUCUUAGUGGCUGAUAACACUGAAGAGAAUACUGAGAUUAUUACCAAUAUGUAUGAUGACAUUCUGAAGAAGUCAGUCCAGAUUGAUCCACAGAAGAAACUUGAAGAACAGUAUAACAUAGAAGGACUUACUCCUAUGAAGCUGGCAGCAAAAUUGGGUAAAAUUGAGUUGUUAAAGCACAUAAUGCGGAGGGAGAUUGAAGAGCCAGAGUAUAGACAUUUGUCUCGGAAGUUUACAGAAUGGACAUAUGGCCCUGUUCACACUUCUCUGUAUGACAUCUCAUCUGUAGAUACACAUGAGCAAGACUCUGUUCUGGAAACCAUUGUAUUUAAGAGUAAUGCCUAUAACCGACAUAAAAUGAUAGUACUGGAACCCCUGAACCAUUUGCUGCAGGAGAAGUGGGACUGCUUUGCUGGAAAGAUAUUUUAUCUGAAGUUCUUGUUGUACAUUGUAUAUAUGAUUAUAUUCACAGCCACAGCUUACCACAGGCCUCUGGAAGGGCAGCCCCCCUUUCCACUACAAGGAACUGCCAAAGAUAAUGCACGUAUAGCUGGAGAAGUCUUCAUCAUGCUUGGCGGAGUUUACAUCUUCAUUUGCCAGAUCAUAUAUUUUUGGAAGAGACGACCAUCACUACAUAUAUUAAUGAUGGAUGGCUACUUUGAAAUCCUUUUUUUUCUUCAAGCAACCCUUCUUCUAUGCAGCGGCAUAAUCUACCUUGCAGGAAGCGAACUCUAUGUGCCUCUAAUGGUGUUUUCAUUGGUGAUUGGCUGGGUGGAUAUUUUAUUUUACACCCGUGGCUUCCAGCAGACUGGAAUAUACAGUGUGAUGAUUCAAAAGACGAUCCUGCGUGACAUGCUUCGCUUCCUGCUCGUCUACAUAGUUUUCCUCUUUGGUUUUGCAGCAGCGCUGGUAACACUUAUCAAUGAAGCACCACAAGAGGUAGCAAACAGCACCGAAGCUGGUGAAAAAGAAGCAGCGAGCUCAUAUUCUGGUCUUUACAUCACUUCCUUGGAGUUAUUCAAAUUUACCAUUGGCAUGGGAGAUCUGGAGUUUAACGAGAAUCUGAAGUUCAAGCACUUCUUCAUGUUCCUGCUCAUCCUGUAUGUGGUCCUCACAUACGUCCUCCUCCUUAACAUGCUCAUCGCCUUAAUGAGUGAAACUGUCAACAAAAUCUCUAGUGAGAGUAAGAACAUUUGGAAACUCCAGAGAGCUGCUACAAUAUUGGAUAUUGAAAGGUUCCUGCCAAGGUUCGUUAGGAAAAAACUGAGGUGCGGUCGCCGACUCACAGUGGGGAAAACACCUGAUGGAAAAACAGAUGAAAGAUGGUGUUUUAGGGUGGAGGAAAUGCAAUGGGGAUCAUUUGGGAAGAAUCAAUUCAAUCUUAAUGAAGAACCCGGUGACACAGAGAAAGCAAAACUGAAAUCAAUGUACAAACAACCCAAAGGGUGGAGCCACUGGGUUUCCAGAGUUCAAGAAAGAGCGCGUGAGGAGGAGCAAGUGCCAUUACAUUCUGUGUCCACAAGUCCAUCAGACGGGGAAAAAGUUUAAGAUCAAUGUCAUCCUAUAUUCAGUUUAUGUUUACCAAUGAUACAUCUCACUCAUAUUGACAAUGCACUAUGAUUGAAGAGAUAUUAAUGUACUUCAAAUGUUGGUUUCACAGAAGCAAUAUUGCAAAGAACUUUUCUGGGCCAUCUUCACUACAUUUAUACUUCCAGUAGAGAAUUCUAAAACAAAUAUCUUCUCUUAGAUUUCUUCUCCUCUUCCCCCAUCAUCACUGACCAUAACCAUUGCUAUAGGCAAAGAAGCAGAGUAAGUUGUUAGAAGCAUAACUCCCUCCAUCUGCCUCAUCAAGAGUUCCCUGCAGUCCUUGCAAUAUACGUAUCAGAUACUACAGCAGCUGGUGUAUGCACUUAACUUUCUCUCUCUGUUUUUAUGCUAGGUGACUAAUUUCAUGUAUCACAUACAAUACAGAUACAGCAAGCUGACAAAAAUGUCACGUCUCCAAGUGUACCUCUUUUGGAGGGACAGUCUCUCAUUUUGACCCAAGUCCCUCCGUCCCUCUUUGAUCCUUAAAUGUCCCUCUUUCUGACCUGACACUAAAGUGUCUGUA